AUGAGCGGAAACCCAGCUUCUUUUAAGAGCAUUCUCGCGGGCGUUCAAAGACUUCGGGAAGCGCACGGUGCUGAUGAAAAUCGGUCCGGCGUCCCAAAGGCUCCAACACUAUCAAGGGAACCCGCACAACAAAAGUCACCUCAGCAACAUGGGCCACCAAUUACCAGUAAGGAACCGGUAAUAAACGCUUUCAACCAGCAAAAAGAUGAGGUUGGAAACGGGCAGGAGCUAACGCAUUUGGAAGAUCGCAAACGAAAAUGGGGCAACCAGUUUGGUGGAACUCCCACGGGCUCAACACAGGGUAAAACGGUACUGGUGAGCGCCUCACAACGGGGCAAUCCGUUACUUGGGAGUUUAACAAAUACCAGCUGGCGAUACGUGUCUCCUUCAGGCGGUAACAAAGUGUACUACGAUUACUGUAUACAUGGCCGCAACGUGGUAUUUCUUUCGUUGAAAUAUCACAAACUGCAUCCUGAGUAUAUCUCGAAAAAAAUCCAACCUCUCGUUAAGAACAGCAACAACGUCCUUAUUUGUGUGGUUGACGUAGAUAACUCGGAAAACAUCUUAAAAGAUCUUAAUAAAGCUUGCAUGUUUAACGGCUUUGCACUAUUGCUAGCAUUCAACUUCGAACAAGCUGCGAAAUACAUCAUGUUCAUGAACAGAUAG